CGGAAAAUAAAAAAAACAGAAUCAGUUGUGUUUACGCGCUCGGUUGCAAUGGUUCUCAUCAUUCAUUAUUGAGAAACGAACAGUGUUUUUAAUAUUAUAUGUUACUCAAAUAUCUUUUAUGAGUGAAGAUCGGAAACAGUCAUAAUAGAAGACAGCUUAAAUAAAAUGCAGGAGAGCCUCUUAUGACGAAAAAGAACUGAAGUUUCCCGAAAUUUGCCACAAUGACAACAUCAAACAGUUCAAUAACGAAUGUCUACGACCGCCUCUUCGUAGAAUUAGCCGAUCCCAGAACAAACGAUUGGUUCUUAAUAAAGAGCCCCAUACCAGGACUGACGAUAUUAGGACUGUAUCUUUACUUCACAUUAAAAUGGGGACCCAGGUACAUGGCCGACAAGAAACCCUUCCAACUGCAGAAGACCCUGGUGGUUUAUAACUUUUUACAAGUUAUUGUCAGCAUCUUUCUUUUUUAUGAGGGUCUCGACGCAGGAUGGUUAAGAACUUACAGUUGGAAAUGUCAACCAGUUGAUUUCUCAUCAACACCGGAAGCCAUGCGGGUAGCAAGAGGCGUCUACAUUUAUUUCCUUGCGAAAAUGACAGAACUACUCGACACGGUAUUCUUUGUAAUACGAAAAAAGGAGAGACAAAUCACAUUCCUCCAUUUGUACCAUCACACAGUCAUGCCAAUGAUAUCAUGGGGAGCUACGAAAUAUUAUCCCGGAGGCCAUGGGACAUUGAUCGGAGUUAUCAACUCCUUCGUACAUAUUAUUAUGUACACAUACUAUAUGAUGGCUGCAUUGGGUCCGAAAUAUCAGAAAUAUCUGUUCUGGAAGAAAUAUAUUACGACGAUGCAAAUGCUUCAAUUCUGUAUCACGUUCAUUCACUCCUCACAACUUCUGUUCUACGAGUGCGGAUACCCACGCUGGUCGGUUGUCUUCACGCUUCCAAACUCUAUAUUUUUCUACUACCUCUUCUACGACUUCUACUACAAAGCAUACGGAAAACCAGUGAAGAAGGCCAAGGUCGCAAAUGGUUUAGUGAAUGAGAGCAAAACAAACGGACUAUCGAUAACCAAUGGAUACAAAAAUGGCGCUAUACCAAAUGGUUCACCCGACGGAAUAGAUAAGAAAAUUGAAUAAAAAUUAUUGCGCUUUUAUAUUACAAAGUUUGAUAUAUAUUGUUGAUAUUACAUGUUGUUUUACGCGAUAUCAAAAACUCUGUGAACAUAAAAGCCUCGCACACAAUUAAUAGGCGAAUGUAGUUGUAUCAUUCGUUUUGUGUCAUUCACCCUUAAAAGGUCAUGAAUCAGAGACUGACCAAUCAGAUGGUUUUUGCCUUGCGUUUGUUCUAAAGGCUAAAAAUUAAACAAUUGAAUUUAACAGACGUUAUUAUUGAGUACUUGUUCGUACGAUAAGUUCACAGAUUUAUAUUGUAUAAGUUAUUUACUUUAUAUUAAAAGUCUGGCUAAAACUUGGUACAUUUGCAAAAACUGAUAACGCGCAAUUACUUAGCUACCAAUUAUAUAUUGUAAAUAGUACUUAAAACGUGUAUAGUUAAUAAUACAAUUUGUACAUGAAAGGAAAAAUUAAGGUGAAUAAGGGAGGUAGGAUAGACAUUAAAUACAUAAUACAAAAUAAGCUGAGUCAUGUAAUACUUAGGAUAUUUUUUAAUUGAAUUGAGUUACCAACAUCAAAAAUUAUCCAUUAAGUAUAUUACCAUAAAGAAAUAAGGUAAGAAAAUUAUUUAUCGUGUGUAAGUUAUUUUCUAUACAUUAUUUCACAAUCUUAGACAAUAUUAACAACUUUUAGCAGCAGUAAAACUUUUAUUGAAUUUCUUAACUGUAUAUCAGAUAUGUAUAAUAUUAUGACGAAAACCAUUUGAUACUUCUAAUAAGUUACCCUUAGGUUUUAUUGUACAUAAAUUAGGAUAUUAUAAUCAAUUACUUUUACUGCUCAAAAUCUUUUUUCUUUUUUAUUGGUAAAUGUUUUGGUGCUUUUAAGUAAUUUUACUUAUAAUGCCUAUAUAAAGGCAAUUAUACCUUUACGAGUUCCCUUAAAUAGUUUUAAGCAAAAUGGCGAAUUUAAGGUAUUUACGUAGAAAAUUAUUUUUUAUAGAAAUCUAGAGUCUUCCGAGUUAUCAAUUAAACGUUCGCUGUAUGUAGAUUUUUUAAAGACUUAUACCAACGCUUCAUGAUUUUUUAAACAAUAUAGGUCGUCUGUACUCGAAAAUGUAUUAGGUAUAUUAACAGUUCAUAAUACAUUAUCGACAUAGAUGUACGUGGUACAUUUGCGCAUGCAAUAACAGUAUUGAUAAAGUUUUCAAUUUAUGUAGUGUCUGUAAAAAUAAUAGUUAUACC